UUUAUUAUUUAAUCAUUUUUAAAAAAAAAAAUUAAUUUUUCAAUUUUUCAUUUUUUUUCAUAAAAAAACAUCAAAAAAUCAUAAAAUAAAAAGAUUUGAAAAGAUUUUACAGCUUUUUGCAUUUUAGGUUAGUAUUUGUAGUUUUAGGAAAGAAUUGACGUAAUUGGUUAAAUAUAAUCAUAAAUCUCAAAUCAAAUAAUUUUAAUUUGGGACUUUUGAUUAUUUUAAUUAAUCAUAAUCAAUUUGAUUUUAUGCAUUUUUUAACUUCUUAACCUAAUCUCUCAUCUUAUAAAUAGUCACUCUUCACACAAAAAAAGAAAGAAAAACGGAUAUAAAUCCUAACCUAUUCACAGACCACCGCUUUCAUCUGUAUAGAAAUUCCACCGACUCUUACAAUCCUAGUCUUCGUUCACUAACCAUACACACAAAAGUUUCAGCCACAUCCAAUUCGGUGAGGCUCUGCAAUCCAAACGCGCAAGAUUCGACAACGAAUACAAAUCCACACUGCAAUUAAGCCUUGUUCAACACACUGAUCACCAACAACGCUCAGGCCAUCGAUUCAACUCAGAAUCAUCACCUUCAACAGGUGACAAACAAAGAAGAAGUAAAAGAGAAAACAACCUCCAGCAACUUUGACGAACUCAGCUUCAACAACAAAACAAACAGGUGUUUGUAGAUCCGAUUCGCUUUCGCCGACAUCAACAAACGGAACAACUCCGCCGUCAGCCGCGAGCUCCACCUCGACACGCCCAGCCGUCGUAGCUCCUCAACCACCGUCGAUUUCCAUGGACCGCUUAGUGCCUCUCAUUCACGAUCUCGCGUAACCGACGCCGCCACGGAAUUGGAGACCGAGUGAACAAAAGUGAGAGGAUGUGUUUUUGCUGUUUCCACUUGCUGGUAAUAUUUUUUUUAUUUUGAGUCUAAAAUACUUGGUCACGUGUCGUGAACCUAUUUGUUGAGUAAACAACUUUGAAAAAGUCAUGCAUUUGAUAAACGUGGUGGAGUGUCUUACCACAUAUUCCAUUCAUUUUUUUUUAAAUAUUAAAGAAUAGAUUUGACUUGUUUCAUGUCAUUAAAUAAAAUAAAAAUACAAAAAAGGUGAUUUAGUUUUUUUACUUUUCUAUAUUAAAAAUAUUAAAAAAUAUAUAUAGUUUUGUUUUUAUUUCAAAUUUGUCUUCGGAUUUUCAUAUACUUAUUUCACGAUUGAUGUUCGUUAAUAUUUUUGUCAUUUAUUCAUGUAUUAUUUUAUGUAUCCGUACUACCGUUUUCUUGUUUAUUGCGAGGUACAUUCGAGCGAGUACAUCCGAGCUGUUUAUCUAUUCUCGUAGAUAUUUGCAAAUUCAUCCUCAAAUCUCCUCCAUUGGAUCACAGAGCUAAGUUCUGGAUUUAAUUUCUUUUAAUUUUCUUUUGCCUCUUUUUAUCAAACUAGGGUUAACCCUAGUUGCCCCUGAACAAAGCCAUACACUCACUGCUUGCUUCUUCUGUCAAUUCUCAGAUGGUCAGAGUCGAUGCUUCUGGCAAACCCUUGCCCUCAACCCUGUCAGGCAAAUGCCAAGCUAAGUACCUUUUCACUGUUCUAUUUUUAAUUCAUUGUUCUAUUUUCUUUGUGGUUAAUGAAGUUUGCCCUCGAACUUGAUAAUGCACUCACUUUGUGUUUUCUGCCUAUUCUUUUUUUUAGGGUUUGUCGACCGUCAAAGCUACGAGUAUCGGUAACCCUAAACCCUAUUUUCAAUUAUUACUUGUGUUAAACCUGUUGCCUUUUAUUUUUAUAUCCCGCUGGUUUCAAUUCCCCUCUCCUCCGCUGGUUUCAUCGUCCCCUUCCCCGUAUUGCUAUUGUUAUUGCUUUAUAUUAUACUGCGUGGUUAGUAAUUUAGGGAGUGCAACCUUGAAUUGAAUUAGCCUCAUUAAUUACAAGAUAAUUUAAUCGAAUUAACCACGUGAUUGUUGCACCCACGCACACUUUUGGGGUAACCUCUUUGUUGCCUUGUUGUCUGUUGCCUUGUUGCUUGCUGCCUGUUGCCUUGCUGCCUGUUGCCUUGUGUUUUUUUGCAGAAUAAGCCAUGUCCCUCGAAUACGAGGAUACCUCAGCCAUGUUGCCUCGAUUAAAAGGUCAUGGUCCCUAAUGAUGCUGCCUUCGAUGCACUAACAUGACCUCGACCCUCGGAAGUUGCCUACGAAAAAGGCUGAGGUAUCCUCUGGUUGCCUACGAAAAAAGGCUAUUCUGAUCCUUCCUCUUAGACUACCUGCCCCUCUAUGGCAUGGGUCAGUCUUUGGGCGAACGAUAUCUCGAUGACCCUUCAACCUCCAAACGAAAGGCUUCCUGCCCUCUUAUGGCAAGGAUAGACCCUUUCAUUCUGAAAGGCUAAAAAGAGACCUAUCAUCUGAGUUUAAGGUAAUUGCCCCUAAUUGCCUUGCAAUGCUCAAUUUUCUAUAUUCUUUCUCAAAAUUCUUCAAAAAAAACUGGCUACGCUUAUUUACGAGCUAAAGUCCAUUUUUCCUCUUUCAUCUACAUUUUCUGAAAACGAGCAAGCAAAGCAAUUAAGAGCCCAUGGCAAACCAUGGAUGCAAAGGGUGCUUUACACCUUCCCUUUGCAUAAAUUACCCCCCGAACUUAGAUUUCUUUAAAAGGUUUUUUUUUCUGUUUCUUUUUGCCUUUCUGAUUUAGUUUGGAUAAAAUAAAAGUCGGUGGCGACUCAUGCUUAACCGCGACAUUUCGAUCGAUAAAAAGUCAGUUCACCGUAUUACAGAACUGGCGACUCUGCUGGGGAUUUUUCGAUAAAAGAGGGGUUACCUUAAAAGUUUAGGAAUCACUUAAUUGUUUUCUAUUGUUUGCUUUGCUUGUUUUAUUUUUCAGGGCUAUUUUGGGAAAAUUGAAGGACGAAUCCUAUUCCCGGAUUCAAGAACACUUAAGAUUAGGAGUGACAUAGUCAUGGCGACCUCUUUCACAUAUGUGGGAGAUGAGUCAAUAUGAAGUUCACGCUUGAGUUAGGACUCCAUAGCAUAUGCACACCUUUCUCAAAUGAGGGGGGUCUAUGUAUGUGUCUGUGGGUGCGCCGGAGCUCAAGGACCUUUAGUUACCCUUAACCCAUCCUUGCCUUUAGGAACGUAGUGGGGGGACUACUCUUGACAAAUGUUAAGAACUAGUCGCUACCCGAUGCUACAAUUCAGAUAGGCUCUUUCUCAAAGUAUCAUUGCAUGGUGCGAAUGCAUCAUGUCCGAGGGUGCUUUAGAAGGGCUGACAAUUCUGGAUAACUUGUAGAACCCGCUGCUGAAAUCUCCUUAUCCAUAGAAUUACCCUUGGGAAGGACACCUGAUCAGACUCCAUGCAUGCCUUAAGCCAAAAAUUGUGUGACUUGUGUGACUUACCUGCGUGUGCUACUAACCUUCGUUUUCUUGCAGGUUUUGUUGAAAUGACUUGUUUGUCCUUACUAUCUCACACUACGCCUAAUGCCCUGCAUUCACAUGACAUCAUGACAUCAUAAGCAUAACAUGAUUUAACUAACCCUUUCAAGGAUCUUAGGAAUUUAGGGCGCACAAUUUCAGGUGCCCUUACCAAAGGUUGAUUUCCUAAUCAAGGGGCAAGAGGAUUUAUUUUUCUCUGGCUACAUACCUUCCAAUUUAAAGACACAGUACCUAAUUAAGGGGCAAGAGGAUUUAGUUUCCUCUAGCCAUAUACUUUCAAAUUUAGAAGUAUCCUGAAUCAGGGGCGAUGACCCACUCGAUAUGGUGAGCUUGAUUCUCAAAGAAGGAUGUUCAAAGACAAGAGUCAGAAUUCUUCAAACAAAUAUGCGACCAAAUCACUUUCCAAUGUUGCUAACUAAAUUCCUUAAAGAUCCUUGAAAACAUUUCAUUUGCAUUCAUGACAUCGCAUAUUUCUAACUUUGUUUUCAGGUUCCGCCGCGACAAUCAUUCCUCUCAGAUAUAAUCGAGCUGGAGAUUCAUUUUGACAAGCCCUUUUACAUUCCAAAACUUCGUCAAAUAACUCAUCGACUCUAACAAGCAAGCAUUCUCUAUCAGAUAUGGUCUAAUGUACGACCCGUUCCGGUAUUCUCAGUCAGAUAUGGUCUAAUGUAUGACCCGUUCCGGUAUUUUCAGUCAGAUAUGGUCUAAUGUAUGACUCGUUCUGGCAUUAUUCAUCAGAUAUGGUUUAAUGUAUGACUCGUUCUGGUAUUCCCCUUCAAAUAUGGUUUAAUGAAUAACUCGUUCUGAUAUCCUUCCUCAGAUAUGGUCCAAUGUAUGACUCGUUCUGACAUUCCAACAGAUAUGGUCUAAUGUACGACUCGUUCUGCUAUUCUUCAACAGAUAUAGUCUACUGUACGACUCGUUCUGCUAUUCCUCUUCAGAUAUGGUCUAAUGUAUGGCUCGUUCUGAUAUUCCUCCUCAGAUAUGGUCUAAUAUAUGACUCGUUCUGACAUUCCUCUGCAGAUAUGGUCUAAUGAAUAACUCGUUCUGAUAUUCCAACAGACAAGGUCUAAAUGUACGACUAGUUCUGAUGUCCCUCAAUAUAUAUGGUCUAUUUGCUCUGACGUCCCCUAUAUGGUCUAAAUGUAUGGCCCGAACCUCACCUGACUAAUGCUGAGCACAACCGGAAAGGUCGCAAUGAACAAAACCAAUCUGUGGGGACAAUUUUGAUCUCUACACCAGUUCCACAACAAAGACGCAAGGUAGACGCACCCAAGCGUCAGUUCACAAAGAUCAACACGUCGUUGGCUCAGGCAUUACAACAUUUGUUGAGAGCAAACUUGAUUACUGUGAGGGAUCCUCCUAUAAAGCCCAACACUUCCUCUCCUAGCUAUAAGCCUGAUGCGAGGUGCGCAUAUCACUCCAAUAGCCCUGGACACGAUACGAAUGAUUGUUGGUCAUUGAAAAACAAGAUUCAAGACAUGAUCGAUGCUGGAGAAAUUGAAUUCAACCAUCCGAGAACUCCUAUGGUGAUCACCGCUCCUAUGCCUAGUCACGACAAGACUGAUUAAUGUCUAAGUGGAUGAACUUUUAAUCGUUAGAUUUACUUUCAUGCGCAAAUUUUAUUCUGUUUGCUUAAACAUUCAAAUCAUGAUAGACAUUAUCUGUUUUAAUAAUCAUCAUCAGUGCAUUGCAUAUGUUUGUCUUGAACAAAUCAUUUCGCUAUCACUCACUUUAAACUGCGUCUUUACUUUGCAUAUGUUUUAUGAUACUCAAUUCUUGCUAAAGUUGUAAGCCUUUUGAGGGAGGAUGACGAAAACGAUACCGCAACUUCAUACAGUAUGCUUUUGAAUGGACUAUGUUGACGAUGUACAGGCAUUAUUUCAAUUCCUAAACAGUGGAGAUAUAAGGAUGUUAAUCACUCGUCAACCCCUUUGAGCCUAAGAAGUGGAAGUUUCUUUCUUGUACUAAUCAAAACCCUUGAUCAUAACCUGGGGCAGGGUAGUUCUUAGUUAAUUUGGCUGUGCAUUCUAUUUUAAGAGAAUCAUUCAGUACACCUUUCAACAAGGGUUUCAAUCACAAGCGAUCAUCCGCACACAUCAAAGAAGUGUUGGAGACAUCAAUCAAAAGCCAACGAUGGUUCAUCAAUCAUUAAGCAGGGCAGUCAAUAUCUUUCAAAAAAAAAAAUGAGAAGACAUAUAUACAAAGAAAAGUCUGCUAAGUCAAAAAUCAAAAAGAAGACUUAGGCAAAAAUCAAGGCAUCCCGCUGACUGUAAGCUCAAAAUAGAUAGUUCAGGCAAAAGUUAGGGAUAUAAAAAAGAUGAAAAAAAGAGAAGUCAAAAAAUUUCUGAACAACACAAUGUUGGCGACUGCCAUCUCAAAAGCUAUCUUUGCUUGUGAACCAUCGUCAUUAUCAAAGGUGCAAAUCCAAAAGUUUCUUGGAACCUGAAUGCAUAAGUUGAAUUAGCUGAGCUUAGGACUGAAGAUCAUCACGAAGAGGGGUGGAUACAAUCAAAUUUUGAGCCUUUAUCCUUUGUUUCUUAAACCAUGAACCGAGCCACGUUACAACCCUUAAAAGUCCUAACUGAAGCAUGGUUAGUUCGAAAGCAUACUGUCACCAAAAAGGUAUCCUGACUCCUUAAGGUUUACCAUAAAUGCUGAGUUGACACUUCGUUUUUACAAACAUCACGUUUUUAUAAACAUCAUGCUUUUACAUAUCCAGUUUCAAUGUUUUUCAACAAACUCAAGACAGACAUAUGCACUGCAUCUCAUGAAUUCAUCAUUAAACAUAUUUUGCUACAUAAUUUCAAAUGUUAGCAUCAGGAAGAAUUUGCACAUGGUACGGCUAAUGACUCAAAGUUAUCCCGACCAACACAGAUUACUCCAAGAAGCAAUGUCUCCUAUGUAUACAAGGGGCAUGACACGUUUUUCCCAAUCAAUCUAGGGCAAUCAAGUCAAGAUUCGAAGAAUCUCUCAAAUGCCAAACAGUCAAAGGCAUACAUCCCAAGUGGAUUUCAAGCUACUUCCCAAUCAAUCUGGGGCAAUCAAAGUCAAGAUUCCGAGAAUCUCUCAUGGAUGCUCGAACAAUCAGGGGCAUACAUCCAAGUAUAUCUAAAGCUACUCCCCAAUCAACAUGGGACACUGUCUUGAGCCUAUGAUUACUGGGGGCAUAUCGCCCAUAGUGUACAUCUCAUAAAGCCCUCGCGAGGCGAAUCUUUCCAAAGUUCCUACUAGCAGGGGAAAAUCUAUGCAAGUCUAGUUUUACAUCUUUAUCAAAUACUCAGUGGCAUGUCCUAAUCAAAUCCAGGAAUGGUAGUCACUAUAAUACUGGGGGAAAUAUUCAAGGCAUCCAUGCCUUCCCGCAAUUCCGAUUUCACAAAAUCAUAUCCCCACAGAGCAAUCCUCAAGAAGAUAUCUUCAAAUACUCUCGUCUCGACAAAGACAUGGCUCCCCAACAGAGUUUACAUCUUCAACACUACCGUUUCUCCAACACUUUGCUCUUCUCCAACAUGGCUUACUAAUAUCUUUCAUCCUCAGUCAGGAUACGUCAAAUUACUAUUCACCCCCAAGCAGAAAUCAUAAAUCCCCAGCUGAGCAUCUCCAAGAAAAGAUCAAAACAUAAAACUCACAAUGACACAGAGAUUUAUCUUCUCAAUCAAGAUGCUUCAAGUAACAUAAAUCAUAGCCAUACAUCAUAUACAUCACAUGCAUUGCGUGCGGUUAUAAUUCAUGCAUAACAUACAAAGCGUCCCAUUUAUUGUUGAGAACCCCAUCUCAUUCAUUACAUACAUCAUAAACAUUGCAUAAAACUGACAUUUUUACCAAGUGAAUAUGUGACAGGUACAUUACAAAGAUUCGAAUCUUAUUCAAAGCAAAGCCUAACGCACGGUUUUCCAGACAUCUAAGGAUGCAAUUGAGAAUAGUCUAACGCACGAUUAUUCUUCAACCUAACGCACGGUUUUCCAGACAUCUAAGGAUGCAAUUGAGAAUAGUCUAACGCACGACUUGUUCUCCAACCUAACGCACGGUUUUCCAGACAUCUGAGGAUGCAAUUGAGAAUAGUCUAACGCACGAUUUAUUCUUCGACCUAACGCACGGUUUUCCAGACAUCUGAGGAUGCAAUUGAGAAUAGUCUAACGCACGACUUGUUCUUCAACCUAACGCACGGUUUUCCAGACAUCUGAGGAUGCAAUUGAGAAUAGUCUAGCGCACGAUUUAUUCUUCGACCUAACGCACGGUUUUCCAGACAUCUGAGGAUGCAAUUGAGAAUAGUCUAACGCACGAUUAUUUCUUCGACCUAACACACAGUUUUCCAGACAUCUGAGGAUGCAAACUAGACCUAGUCUAACGUACGACUCAACCUAAGUCUAUUCCUCAGAAACAGUCUAACGUACGACACAUUCUGACUCUCAAGUAUAUCAAGUCGGAUGGCAUCUUCAAGCCCAUCUCCAUCAUACAUCUUCUCCAAACACAUGGAUGGCAUCUUCAAGCCCAUCUCCAACAAAGGUCCCUACUUCAGCUAGGGCAAAUUCCUGGGUACUCUAGUGUUCAAUCAUCUUCCACCUUCAGAUACCGACUGGCAUACAAACCACUCUACAUCUUCAGGUUUAAGAAAAUUGAACAGGGGCAGCUGUCAUACCCCAAAAUUUGCCCUCAUAUAUUUUCAUAUGUCAUUUUAUUUCAAGUAAUUGACAUAACCCAGUCGGUAAGGAUUUGAGUGUACAAGCGCGAGAGGUCCUGGAUUUGAGUCUCACUUACUGACAUUUUUACCUCUUAUUUGUUUCUAACUUUAAGUUUUAACUUUAUUUUUAUUCAAAAUCACAAAAAUAUGUUUUUUAUCAUUUUAAUACUUAAUUUUCGUAUUUAUUAUUUAAUCAUUUUUAAAAAAAAAAAUUAAUUUUUCAAUUUUUCAUUUUUUUUCAUAAAAAAACAUCAAAAAAUCAUAAAAUAAAAAGAUUUGAAAAGAUUUUACAGCUUUUUGCAUUUUAGGUUAGUAUUUGUAGUUUUAGGAAAGAAUUGACGUAAUUGGUUAAAUAUAAUCAUAAAUCUCAAAUCAAAUAAUUUUAAUUUGGGACUUUUGAUUAUUUUAAUUAAUCAUAAUCAAUUUGAUUUUAUGCAUUUUUUAACUUCUUAACCUAAUCUCUCAUCUUAUAAAUAGUCACUCUUCACACAAAAAAAGAAAGAAAAACGGAUAUAAAUCCUAACCUAUUCACAGACCACCGCUUUCAUCUGUAUAGAAAUUCCACCGACUCUUACAAUCCUAGUCUUCGUUCACUAACCAUACACACAAAAGUUUCAGCCACAUCCAAUUCGGUGAGGCUCUGCAAUCCAAACGCGCAAGAUUCGACAACGAAUACAAAUCCACACUGCAAUUAAGCCUUGUUCAACACACUGAUCACCAACAACGCUCAGGCCAUCGAUUCAACUCAGAAUCAUCACCUUCAACAGGUGACAAACAAAGAAGAAGUAAAAGAGAAAACAACCUCCAGCAACUUUGACGAACUCAGCUUCAACAACAAAACAAACAGGUGUUUGUAGAUCCGAUUCGCUUUCGCCGACAUCAACAAACGGAACAACUCCGCCGUCAGCCGCGAGCUCCACCUCGACACGCCCAGCCGUCGUAGCUCCUCAACCACCGUCGAUUUCCAUGGACCGCUUAGUGCCUCUCAUUCACGAUCUCGCGUAACCGACGCCGCCACGGUGAGGUUCUUUUCAACUUUCAAUUAUUUGAUUCUUAUGUGCUCUUGCUUCUGUUAAUUGAAAUUAGAAAGACAAGAGGUUAGAUUUAAAAGAGACAUUGCUCUGGUUUGAAAAGGAAUUGGAGACCGAGUGAACAAAAGUGAGAGGAUGUGUUUUUGCUGUUUCCACUUGCUGGUAAUAUUUUUUUUAUUUUGAGUCUAAAAUACUUGGUCACGUGUCGUGAACCUAUUUGUUGAGUAAACAACUUUGAAAAAGUCAUGCAUUUGAUAAACGUGGUGGAGUGUCUUACCACAUAUUCCAUUCAUUUUUUUUUAAAUAUUAAAGAAUAGAUUUGACUUGUUUCAUGUCAUUAAAUAAAAUAAAAAUACAAAAAAGGUGAUUUAGUUUUUUUACUUUUCUAUAUUAAAAAUAUUAAAAAAUAUAUAUAGUUUUGUUUUUAUUUCAAAUUUGUCUUCGGAUUUUCAUAUACUUAUUUCACGAUUGAUGUUCGUUAAUAUUUUUGUCAUUUAUUCAUGUAUUAUUUUAUGUAUCCGUACUACCGUUUUCUUGUUUAUUGCGAGGUACAUUCGAGCGAGUACAUCCGAGCUGUUUAUCUAUUCUCGUAGAUAUUUGCAAAUUCAUCCUCAAAUCUCCUCCAUUGGAUCACAGAGCUAAGUUCUGGAUUUAAUUUCUUUUAAUUUUCUUUUGCCUCUUUUUAUCAAACUAGGGUUAACCCUAGUUGCCCCUGAACAAAGCCAUACACUCACUGCUUGCUUCUUCUGUCAAUUCUCAGAUGGUCAGAGUCGAUGCUUCUGGCAAACCCUUGCCCUCAACCCUGUCAGGCAAAUGCCAAGCUAAGUACCUUUUCACUGUUCUAUUUUUAAUUCAUUGUUCUAUUUUCUUUGUGGUUAAUGAAGUUUGCCCUCGAACUUGAUAAUGCACUCACUUUGUGUUUUCUGCCUAUUCUUUUUUUUAGGGUUUGUCGACCGUCAAAGCUACGAGUAUCGGUAACCCUAAACCCUAUUUUCAAUUAUUACUUGUGUUAAACCUUUUGCCUUUUAUUUUUAUAUCCCGCUGGUUUCAAUUCCCCUCUCCUCCGCUGGUUUCAUCGUCCCCUUCCCCGUAUUGCUAUUGUUAUUGCUUUAUAUUAUACUGCGUGGUUAGUAAUUUAGGGAGUGCAACCUUGAAUUGAAUUAGCCUCAUUAAUUACAAGAUAAUUUAAUCGAAUUAACCACGUGAUUGUUGCACCCACGCACACUUUUGGGGUAACCUCUUUGUUGCCUUGUUGUCUGUUGCCUUGUUGCUUGCUGCCUGUUGCCUUGCUGCCUGUUGCCUUGUGUUUUUUUGCAGAAUAAGCCAUGUCCCUCGAAUACGAGGAUACCUCAGCCAUGUUGCCUCGAUUAAAAGGUCAUGGUCCCUAAUGAUGCUGCCUUCGAUGCACUAACAUGACCUCGACCCUCGGAAGUUGCCUACGAAAAAGGCUGAGGUAUCCUCUGGUUGCCUACGAAAAAAGGCUAUUCUGAUCCUUCCUCUUAGACUACCUGCCCCUCUAUGGCAUGGGUCAGUCUUUGGGCGAACGAUAUCUCGAUGACCCUUCAACCUCCAAACGAAAGGCUUCCUGCCCUCUUAUGGCAAGGAUAGACCCUUUCAUUCUGAAAGGCUAAAAAGAGACCUAUCAUCUGAGUUUAAGGUAAUUGCCCCUAAUUGCCUUGCAAUGCUCAAUUUUCUAUAUUCUUUCUCAAAAUUCUUCAAAAAAAACUGGCAACGCUUAUUUACGAGCUAAAGUCCAUUUUUCCUCUUUCAUCUACAUUUUCUGAAAACGAGCAAGCAAAGCAAUUAAGAGCCCAUGGCAAACCAUGGAUGCAAAGGGUGCUUUACACCUUCCCUUUGCAUAAAUUACCCCCCGAACUUAGAUUUCUUUAAAAGGUUUUUUUUUCUGUUUCUUUUUGCCUUUCUGAUUUAGUUUGGAUAAAAUAAAAGUCGGUGGCGACUCAUGCUUAACCGCGACAUUUCGAUCGAUAAAAAGUCAGUUCACCGUAUUACAAGUACGCAUAAUUAAGCGCUCAGAAGUUGUAUCUCAAAUGGUUCAGCAUGCAACAUCAGAACAUGGUCUGGCAAGACAUCAGAAGAUGGUCGAAGCAGAAUCAGAACAUGGGUCUAUGGAAGCAUCAGAAGAACAAGAGAUCAGAAGCACUGAAGCUCAGAAGAUGGUAUCACGCUCAGAAGCACUUCAAGGUCAGAAGAUCAGAAGAUGCUAUGCACCAAGCUGUUUUGACUCUGAUGAUAUUCAAACGUCGUAUUCACAAACAUCAGAUCAGAAGGAAGUACAGGUGGCAGACUACGCUGACUGACAAAAGGAACGUUAAAAGCUACUAAAGGCUACGUCAGUAGACACAGCGUGAACAAGGCUCGAGGUAGUUGACAAAAGCGUAUAACAUUAAAUGCGAUGCUGUACGGAACACGCAAAGCAUUAAUUGCACUCAACGGUCAUCUUCUCAACGCCUAUAAAUAUGAAGUUCUGAUGAGAAGCAAGGUUACCAAUUUCUACAUCUAUUCUGUGAAUAUCAAACUUGCUGAAACGCUGUUCAAUCAAAGCUCAGAAUCUUCAUCAACUCACUACAUUGCUGUUGUAAUAUUUUAGUGAGAUUAAGCUUAAACGUUAAGAGAAAUAUCACAGUUGUGAUUAUCGCUUUUAAGAAGCAUUUGUAAACUCUUGAAUAGAUUACAUUAAGUUGUAAGGAACUAGAGUGAUCGUGUGAUCAGUAUACUCUAGGAAGUCUUAGCAGUUGGCUGAGCAGUUUGUAACUAGAGUGAUCGUGUUGAUCAGAAUACUCUAGGGAAGUCUUAGGAGUGAACUAAGCCUAGAGUGAUCGUGUUGAUCAGUAGACUCUAGAAAAGUCUUAGAGGGUAUCUAAGCAGUUGUUCCUGGAGUGAUCAGUGUGUGAUCAGAAGACUCUGGAAGACUUAGUUGCGGACUAAGUGGAAAACCAUUGUAAUCCGUGCGAUUAGUGGAUUAAAUCCUCAGGUUGAGGUAAAUCAUCUCUGCGGGGGUGGACUGGAGUAGCUUCGUUAACAGCGAACCAGGAUAAAAAUAAUUGUGCAAUUUAUUUUUAUCGUCCAAGAUUUAAAGUCACACUUAUUCAAUCCCCCCCUUUCUAAGUGUUUUUCUAUCCUUCAAUUGGCAUCAGAGCGCCGGUUCUAAGGUGCAAGCACUUAACCGUGUUUAGAAAAGAUUCAGGAAGAGAAAAACGCUUCAUUUAAAAGAUGGUUGAUGAAAGUGAAAAGUCUACAUCUACACCUGCAUCUACAUCUGGCUCUGCUGAGCAAUACAACGGUAACAAUGGUUAUACUAGACCGCCGGUAUUUGAUGGUGAAAACUUUGAAUACUGGAAAGAUAAACUGGAAAGUUACUUUCUGGGUCUAGAUGGUGAUCUAUAGGAUCUUCUAAUGGAUGGUUACAAACAUCCAGUAAAUGCCAGUGGCGUGAAGCUGUCAAGGCAAGAAAUGAGUGAUGAUCAAAAGAAGCUUUUCAGGAAUCAUCAUAAAUGUAGAACUGUUUUGCUGAAUGCUAUCUCUCAUGCUGAGUAUGAGAAGAUAUCUAACAGGGAAACGGCCUAUGACAUAUAUGAGUCCUUGAAAAUGACUCAUGAAGGAAAUGCUCAAGUCAAGGAGACUAAAGCUCUAGCCUUAAUCCAGAAGUAUGAAGCCUUCAAGAUGGAGGAUGAUGAAGACAUUGAAAAGAUGUUUUCAAGAUUUCAAACUCUUACUGCUGGAUUGAGAGUUCUUGACAAGGGAUACACCAAGGCUGAUCACGUAAAGAAGAUCAUCAGAAGCUUACCCAGAAGAUGGGGUCCUAUGGUGACUGCAUUCAAGAUUGCAAAGAAUCUGAAUGAAGUUUCUCUGGAAGAGCUUAUCAGCGCCUUGAGAAGUCAUGAAAUAGAGCUGGACGCAAAUGAGCCUCAAAAGAAAGGUAAGUCUAUUGCAUUAAAAUCAAAUAUCAAGAAAUGCACUAACGCUUUUCAGGCCAGAGAAGAAGAUCCUGAAGAAUCAGAAUCUGAAGAAGAAGAUGAACUGUCCCUGAUCUCCAGAAGGCUAAAUCAACUCUGGAAGACCAAGCAAAGGAAGUUCAGAGGCUUUAGAAGUUCAAGGAAAUUUGAACGUGGAGAAUCCUCUGAUGAAAGAAGAUUUGACAAGAAGAAGGUCAUGUGCUAUGAAUGCAAUGAGCCUGGACACUACAAGAAUGAAUGUCCAAAUCUUCAGAAGGAAAGUCCCAAGAAAAAGUUUCAUAAGAAGAAAGGUCUUAUGGCAACCUGGGAUGAGUCAGAAGAUGAUUCAGAAGAUGAGCAGGCUAACUGUGCGCUGAUGGCGACAGAAGAUGACGGAUCAGAAUCUACAUCAGAAUCAGAUUCUGAAGAGGUAUUUUCUGAACUUACUAGAGAUGAGUUAGUUUCCGGUCUAACUGAACUUCUGGAACUCAAGUCUCAGAUUAGUCUCAAAUACAAAAAGCUGAAAAAGCAAUUUGAAUUUGAAACAAAGAAGCUUGAGUUGGAGAAUUCUGAAUUAAAAGAAAAACUUUUAAAAUUAUCCAAUAAUGUUGGAUCUCCUUCUGAUUCAGAGAAAUCCACUCCUAGUCUAAACCAUAUUCUGAAAGAAUAUGAUUUAAGUUUCAGGAAGUUCUUAUCUAGAAGUAUUGGCAGAAGUCAGCUAGCUUCUAUGAUAUAUGCCGUAUCUGGAAACAAAAGAGUUGGCAUUGGUUUUGAGGGUGAAACCCCAUACAAACUUGAACCUGUUGAUGAAAUGAAAAUUACAUACAAGCCAUUGUAUGAUCAGUUCAAGUAUGACCACUCUCAUGAUAUUAGGCACACUUCACGUGCUCAAAAUUUUCACAUAACACACACCAAGAAGCAUGUGACACAACCUAGGAAAUAUCAUGAAACUCACAUUAAAAAUUAUCAUGCUGUUCCUCCUAUUGCUUAUAAUGUUAAACCCAAGUUCAAUCAGAACUUGAGAAAAUCUAACAAGAAAGGACCCAAGAAAAUGUGGGUACCUAAGGAUAAGAUUAUUCCUAUUGCAGAUAUCCUUGGCUGCAAGAAGGAUAAAGCACAACAUGUCAUGGUACCUGGACUCUGGAUGCUCACGACACAUGACAGGAAGAAGGUCUAUGUUCCAAGACCUGGUGCUUAAGUCUGGAGGAGAAGUCAAGUUUGGAGGAGAUCAGAAGGGCAAGAUAAUUGGCUCUGGAACUAUAAAGUCUGGUAACUCUCCUUCCAUUUCUAAUGUACUUCUUGUAGAAGGAUUAACUCAUAACCUCUUAUCUAUCAGUCAAUUGAGUGACAAUGGUUAUGAUAUAAUCUUUAAUCAAAAGUCUUGCAAGGCUGUAAAUCAGAAGGAUGGCUCAAUCCUAUUUACAGGCAAGAGGAAGAACAACAUUUAUAAGACAGAUCUGCAAGAUCUUAUGAGUCAGAAGGUGACCUGUCUUAUGUCUGUUUCUGAAGAGCAGUGGGUCUGGCACAGAAGAUUAGGUCAUGCUAGUUUGAGAAAGAUUUCUCAGAUUAACAAACUGAAUCUGGUCAGAGGACUCCCUAAUCUGAAAUUCAAAUCAGAUGCUCUUUGUGAAGCAUGUCAGAAGGGCAAGUUCUCCAAACCUGCAUUCAAGUCUAAGAAUGUUGUUUCUACCUCAAGGCCAUUAGAACUCUUGCACAUUGAUCUGUUUGGACCAGUCAAAACAGCAUCUGUCAGAGGAAAGAAAUAUGGAUUAGUCAUCGUAGAUGAUUAUAGCCGCUGGACUUGGGUAAAAUUCUUAAAACACAAGGAUGAGACUCAUUCAGUGUUCUUUGAUUUCUGCAUUCAGAUUCAAUCUGAAAAAGAGUGUAAAAUCAUAAAGGUCAGAAGUGAUCAUGGUGGUGAAUUUGAGAACAGAUCCUUUGAAGAAUUCUUCAAAGAAAAUGGUAUUGCCCAUGAUUUCUCUUGUCCUAGAACUCCACAGCAAAAUGGGGUUGUAGAGCGAAAGAAUAGGACUCUGCAAGAAAUGGCCAGAACCAUGAUCAAUGAAACCAAUAUGGCUAAGCAUUUCUGGGCAGAAGCAAUAAACACUGCAUGCUAUAUUCAGAAUAGAAUCUCUAUCAGACCUAUUCUAAAUAAGACUCCUUAUGAAUUGUGGAAGAAUAGAAAGCCCAACAUUUCAUAUUUCCAUCCUUUUGGAUGUGUAUGCUUUAUUCUGAACACUAAAUAUCAUCUUGGUAAGUUUGAUUCCAAAGCUCAAAAGUGUUUCCUUCUUGGAUAUUCUGAACGCUCAAAAGGCUACAGAGUAUACAAUACUGAAACAUUGGUUGUAGAAGAAUCAAUCAAUAUCAGGUUUGAUGAUAAGCUUGGUUCUGAAAAACCAAAGUAGUUUGAU